AUGAACACCCCUGACGCUGUGUCGCCGACCACCCAAGGGACCGAUGCCCUCAAGCGCGUCAACUCGGAAGAAAAGGUGAUCGAUAUCUCCGAAGGACCGAUUGCGUUUCGCAAGGCACAUCUCCGCAUCAACAACCCCCCGGCGAUGUCACCCGCCGUUCGCGCGACCAUCGAGGAGAACGUGCGCAAUGUCUACAACCCGUUCAUUUCGUCCAUGCUAUCGCAGACGUCGGACCAGUAUGAAAAUUUGACCAACGCCCAGCGAAUUGAGAACUUUCUCCACACGCCGGCGACAUAUUCGGCGCGCCGCAGUGUCCAGAGCAUCAGCGCAUCGGAGCUAACGCCAUUGACUGCCGCGAAGAGGGAAGCCUUGUCCAAAGAAACCACGAUGGGCCAAGCGUUUCUUGCCCUGCUCAAAGCCUUCGUGGGUACUGGCAUUUUGUUCCUUCCCCAAGGAUUCAAAAGCGGUGGCAUCGUCUUCUCGCCUAUUAUUCUGUCGAUCGUUGCGCUUUUGACGCUCUAUGCGAUGUUUCGUUUGCUGGCGUGUCGUGAACUGGUGGGCGGGUCGUACAGCCACAUUGGCGAGGUGGCGUAUGGCAAGUGGGGUUCCCGAAUGGUCCAGAUUUCCAUCGUGCUGAUGCAAUUCGGGUUUUGCUGCUCGUACAUCAUCUUCGUCGCCCAAAACAUGAACCAAGUGUUGGCGUAUUUUGGCGCCAACGUGUCGGUGGGGGCGUUGAUCGUGCUUCAAACCGUCGUGUACAUUCCGUUAUCGUGGAUCCGCUACAUCAGUUACUUCUCUAUUAGUAACUUGAUUGCCGACGUGUUCAUCCUGUACGGCGAAUUCAACCCGUGCCAGUACUUUAACCCGCAAGACUAUUCCGUGUUUAUCGGCACGGCCGUGUUUACGUUUGAAGGCAUUGGGCUGGUCAUUCCGACCCAAGCGUCGCUCACGAAGGACCGUCAGAAGCAAUUCCCGUCGCUUUUGGUGUGGACAGUGCUGGGUCUGUUGACGUUUUACUCUGUGUUUGCGUCGAUCAACUACAUGGCGUUGGGCGACCCUAUCCAGCCCCUUGUGUUGGCCAGCCUGCCCCGCAACGGAUGGACCUUGAGCGUUCAGUGCGGGUGGUCGUUUGCCCAACUGCUGUCGUACCCGCUGUUCCUUUUCCCUGCCGUCAAGAUCAUCGAAGACAUGCUGCAAUUGCCGCGACGGUCGUCGGGUCAAAAGGUGCAGAAGAACGUGGUGCGGGCCGUGAUUGUGAUCGUGACCGUGCUCAUUGCGUACUUUGGCCAAGAACACCUGGACCUGUUUGUGUCGAUCGUUGGCGCCGUCUGCUGCGUCCCGCUCAGCUUUAUCUACCCCCCGCUCUUUUACCAGAAGAUCAUGAAGCACACGACGUUCAUGUCCAAGGUGGUCGACUGGUUGGUCGUGUUUAUCGGCAUUGGCACGUUUGUGUUUGUCACGUACUCGAACAUUCAAAAGUGGGGAGCAGCGCCGCUAUAG